AUGGUUGGAGAAUUCAACGGUAAAGUAUGUUUAGUUACCACGAUUGCAUUCAAUUUCAUGAAUAUAUUAAACUCAUUUUAUGAAUGUGACAUACCAACCAAUACACGUGUUGAAGCUUGUUACGAAGGCGAAAUGAUGAUACUUAUCAUGUUGGCGGAUUAUGCUGAAAUUAAAAUAUGA